CGUGAGUCGGAAUGUGAAGCAUGGCUGGUGAAGGCGACAAGAAACCUGUGCUGGAGAUGGUCCAGGCUGAUGGGGCCGACGAGGGGUGUGUGACAUUUGUGCUGCAUGAUGAAGACCAUACACUGGGCAAUUCAGUCAGAUAUAUGAUCAUGAAGACGGUGGAUGUGGAUUUUUGUGGCUACACCAUCACCCAUCCGUCCGAGAGCAAGAUCAACUUUCGCAUUCAAACACGAGGGGGGAUUCCGGCUACCGAGCCGCUGCGCAGGGGCCUGAACGAGCUCAGUGAUGUUUGUCAACAUGUCCUCAACACCUUCCAGGCAAGAGUCAAUGAGUUCAAAGAGAGCGAGGAGCAGCCGAUGGAAUGAAGAACAUCACAUGUGUUUGACUGCGAAGCUGCCAGACACAAUUUCUACAAACAAACUAAAGACAUGUGACCUUGAUAAAUCCCUUUUUUUAUAAUAUAUAUAUAUAUAUACAUAUCUAUGUAUAAUAGUUUGAUCAUGUCACAUUCAAACACUUGUACAGUUUUCUUUUUUCGCAGUAUGUUGGGUGUGAUGUGUGACGCAUGUGUUCGUGGAUUUUUGGAACGAUUGGUGUAAUAAAUUGAAGACAUUAAACUUAGUCAAGGAACAUCA